GGGCAGGGAUCGGGUCGAAGCAGGGAUCCUUCUCCUCCAUCAUCGACAGCUCGGGACAGUUGGCCUCCGAACUCAGGCCAACUUCCCACUUCAAACAUCAGGGGAAGGGAGGAGGGGACCACCCAUCUGCAGUGGACGGCUCGCACGCUGCAACUCCCACCCCACCGGUACUGAUGGAGAACGCCGGAUUCCCCAUCUACUAGCGCUGGGCCGCGGCACCGUUUUCGAUGCCGCGCUGGCAAAACUAUCCUGCCCUGCGAGCGCUCGGCGCUCACCGCCCGGCUCGAGGCGCUCAAAGAUCUGCGCAACUGGGUCGAUCGAUUCAGCGGAAAAGUCUCGUUGGUACCCUGCACACGAUUUCCCGCAUCGAAGCUCCAACGACGCGGUGCCAACGUUUGAAGUGCGACUGGGGAGCCAGCAGGCGAGACAGGCAAGAUCAGGCGUACAGGUGUGGCGCGAAGAAAAUACGUCGCAUUGCUCCACGUGUGAAUUGCCUGCGCAAGAUCAUCGUAUGAAAAGGAAGAAAGUGAACCUGCACGUUCAAGGCUCUGGCCUAGGCUCCGGCCGAGCUGCUAGCUGCGGUGAAACUGUACCCAACAAACCAAUGGUCCAAACGGGGCGCCUGCCUUACUGCUCUUCCCAGAGAACAAACCACACGCCUCCUUCACCACCGUCACGUCUCCUUUGAAACACUGGUGCCCCACAGUACCCAUUGACAUUCUGCUUCGACUAGCCCUGGCCUCGCGGGUCAUCGACACACGGGUCCUGGAGGAAGCGGCCCAGGCCUGGGCGCAGGAGGAGGCGCCACUCCGUUGGGCUUCCUGAGUCGCUCCAUGGGCCGGCGCGAGGUUCCCUGCGAGCCCAGCAUGGUGGCGGGUCCAACAACUGCCCUGGCGGGCCCAGCGGCUGCCAGGGGUGAAUUGGCAGUUCUGUCAGCUGGCGGCGAUGGCUCAUCUCGUCCAGCGGCUGGCGGUGGCGGCUCGGCGAGUCCCCUUGCGCGAGGCGUCAACGGCAACGCUGGCGGGUCCUCGGCCUCCGACUGUGGCUCCUCAACGCGGGCUCUUGGCUGCCAGCCGUCGGCGAGCUCGCAGUACAUGGGCAUCACCAUCAAGACCCCGCAACAAACCACAACCAAAGAGAGGCUCACCGAGACACCCACCACUGGCACACCGUUCGUAACAAUGACGACCAACAGCUGGGGCUGACGCUGCAGCGCAAUGGAUACGCCUUGGCAGAUAGUGACGCAACCUACGGCCGAAGCAAGUAGAGCACAAUCGAACAUCUCCCCGGUCGUGACGACCGAAAGAGCCGAGAGAACUCCCGCAGUGAAGUCCUGUGCUUCCUCGUUGAUGAUGGAGAGGAGGCGCCCACCCCUCUGGAAGACAGUGUCUGCAACAGCGCCCGCCAUUCCUUCGAAACACAUUCACCCGCAACAGAAAGCAACCUUCGCACAAACCGAUCAGCGACGGGGCGCGCACGCGUCGAGCCCCACGAGGCGGUGCGCGGGCAAUCGGCCGAGACGGACCGAGUCAC